AUGGAAGAUAGGUAUGAGUCGGGGAAUGCAGUCUGGUUAUCAGUGAGGUAUUGGCUCGCUAAAAUUGCAGAAGGCGUGAAGGGUUCUAUGCCUUCAAUUGAUAAGAAUUUAUUGGAAGAGUUCCAAGUGAAAAUGAUAACUCCGAAGGUUAGAACUCCUCGAAAGGUAGUAUGGAAAAAGCCUCCUAUAGGUUGUUUGAAGCUAAAUAUUGACGGCUCUUGUAGAGAAAAUCCAGGUUCUUUUGGUGGUGGUGAUAUCAUCAACGACUCAUUAGGUAAUAUUAAGGCCGCUUUCUUUGAAAAAUUUGAGUCAAGUACUAAUAAUGGAGCGGAAUUGCAGGCUUUUACUAGUGGUGUUCGACUCUAUAAAGAGUUGGGAUAUUAG